AUGCGUGUUUACGAACAGCUCUACGACACGCUGGACAUCGCAGGCAGUGCUGAGAUCCGGGCCCAUGCCACAGCCAAAGCGACAGUGGCGGCCUUUGCAGCCAGUGAGGGGCACGCGCACCCACGGGUGGUGGAGCUGCCCAAGACAGAUGAGGGGCUCGGCUUCAACAUCAUGGGAGGCAAGGAGCAGAACUCUCCCAUCUACAUCUCCCGCAUCAUCCCUGCUGGUGUGGCUGACCGGCACGGCGGGCUCAAGCGCGGGGACCAGCUCCUCUCUGUCAAUGGCGUGAGCGUGGAGGGGGAACAGCAUGAGAAGGCAGUGGAGCUGCUGAAGGCGGCGCAGGGCACGGUGAAGCUGGUCGUGCGCUACACGCCCAAGGUGCUGGAGGAGAUGGAGGCCCGCUUCGAGAAGAUGCGCACGGCCCGGCGCCGUCAGCAGCACGCCAGCUACUCGUAAGG